ACAAGUAUGGCGGUCUAAGGGUUGUGGCGACUGUUUUGGUGGCGUAAAUAAUCAUCGCGUGCCUUUUUAAAGCAUAUUGCCCUCGGCAUUCGAGUUUAACUGAAGGCUACAACUACAGUGCGACUAACAUCAUCAUGCCGUCUUCUUGUGACUCUCUGAUGGAAGACAUCGAGGACAUGGUGUCUUCUAGUGACCCCACUCCUCAUGAAAGACAGUCUGCUAGAAAAAGUAUCAUACCAAGGUCAAGGAAGAAGAAAGAGCUCCUGAGCGAUGAGGAGCUUCAAGCUGACAGUUUGAUCCCUGGUACCCAAAAGAUCUGGAUGAAAACAUGGGGCUGCAGUCAUAACAACUCAGAUGGGGAGUACAUGGCUGGGCAGCUGGCUGCCAGCGGGUACAAGAUGACUGAUGACCCGACAGAAGCAGACGUGUGGUUGCUCAACAGCUGCACUGUGAAAAACCCUGCAGAGGAUCACUUCAGAAACUCAAUCAAAAAAGCCCAGGAACAGCAGAAAAAGGUGGUAGUAGCAGGAUGCGUUCCCCAGGCCCAGCCAAGGAUGGACUACCUCAAAGGUCUCAGCAUCAUUGGGGUCCAGCAGAUUGAUCGAGUGGUGGAAGUAGUGGACGAGGCUGUUAAAGGCCACUCAGUUCGUCUGUUGGGUCAGAAGAAAGAUGGAGGCCGAAGACUUGGAGGAGCUCGACUGGACCUCCCCAAGAUCAGGAAGAAUCCUCUCAUUGAAAUCAUCUCAAUUAACACUGGGUGUCUGAAUGCGUGUACCUACUGCAAGACGAAGCAUGCAAGAGGAGACUUGGCCAGUUAUCCCAUAGAGGAGCUAGUGGAGAGAGCAAGGCAGUCUUUUCAGGAGGGAGUGUGCGAGAUCUGGUUGACCAGUGAGGACACCGGUGCUUACGGUAGAGACAUAGGGACAGACCUGCCCACGCUGCUGUGGAGACUGGUGGAGGAGAUUCCCGAAGGUGCCAUGCUAAGGCUGGGGAUGACGAAUCCACCAUAUAUCCUGGAACACCUAGAGGAGAUGGCCAAGAUUUUGAAUCAUCCACGCGUCUAUGCCUUCCUCCACGUUCCCGUGCAGUCAGCCUCUGAUAGCGUACUGAUGGAUAUGAAGAGAGAAUAUUGCAUUGACGACUUCAAACGAGUGGUAGACUUCCUUAAAGAAAGAGUCCCUGGUGUAACUAUUGCUACAGAUAUAAUCUGUGGUUUUCCCGGAGAGACCGAGGAAGACUUUCAAGCAACCAUAGACUUGGUGAAAGCCUAUCGAUUCCCCAGUCUUUUCAUCAACCAGUUUUACCCCCGACCCGGUACACCUGCCGCCAAGAUGGAGCAAGUACCAGCACAUGUGAAGAAGCAAAGAACUAAAGAGCUGUCGCAGGUCUUCCACUCUUACAACCCUUAUGACCAUAAGGUAGGGGAGAGACAGCAUGUGUUAGUGACAGAGGAGUCAUUUGAUUCCCAAUACUAUGUGGCUCACAACAAGUACUACGAACAGGUGCUGGUACCUAAAAGGGUGGAGUUUAAAGGAAAGAUGAUUGUGGUGGACAUCUAUGAGGCAGGAAAACACUUCAUGAAAGGCAAACCAGUUGAGGAAAGUAAGCCGUUCACUCCUUCCAUUGCCAUGCCGCUUCAGAAAGGAGAGGUGUCUGGUCUGCUGCAGGAACAAAAGGUCAAUGGCGUCCAUGUUUCUGCUCCCACGCCUUCUUCGUGCACCUUCUCUAUUGGAUCUAAUAGUCUGGACAGAGAAAUGCUGAAGAAGAUUGGGAUCGGGCUCGCGCUGGCAGCAGUCAUCUUGGCUUAUAUUGUACAGAGAGUGUACUGAACAAUGACUGUUGUGUGCAGUCUUUCUUAUUGUAAUGUCAAUACCUUCUCUUGGCAGUCUAUCGGCAUGGUCAAACGGCUUCACCGAACACCUUUUAUACCAGUCUUUUUGGUACAAAUAAUUCACCAGAUUUAGGAUUUCAUUUAGAAUAUUUUUUAAGUGCUGAUUACUUGUGACAGUGACAGUAGAGCCAUUUCUUGCUUAGGAAAAAGGUAAAAGUGUGUUUUGUUUAGUUCUUACUGAUGGCUACUGAUGCAGCUGUUACACAGAUAUUCAGUUGAUCAUACAUUCAGGGCUUUACCAUCAGUACGAGAAUCUGAUCUGUCACUCUGCAUCCUUUUAAAUUGGAACGUGAUUAAGCUUGGUUUAUUUCAUUUCGUGAAACUGAGUGAUGAUCUGUGUUAUACUUAGAUUAAAGUGUGUACAACUUCAUUUCACAGUAUUUAUUUUUUGAAAGUGAGACAUGAACAUAUUUUCAGAACUAAAUGAAUGUCAUUUAUGUUGUUUUAAAAUGUUAACCUUAUGUUUCAUUGUUCAAGAAGUGCUUUGUGUUUAGAGUUUUUCACAAUAAUUCAUAGAAUAUUUGGCAUAGAUGCCAGGCGAACGAUUCUAACUGCUGGGAUUCAUUUAUUAUUGACACGCAUUGUGUCACCACGCACACAUUUUACAAGUAAGAUGUAGUUGUUUGCUUCUAGCAUACAAGGUUCCCUAUGUUCUCCAAUAGGCCUCCGUCACACAGAUCUAGAGAACGGUCAGAAACCGCAACCACAGGCUGCGAUAGAAAAAUCCCCCACCAGUUGCCAAGUAGUUGCUGGCUGUCGCUGAGUGACAUUGGUUGCAAAGAGGUAUACAGUCCUGCACAUCCUUGUAAUUUCUUUGGUAACCAGCAGGCAGCCGUUGUCACGUGUAGUUUCCUUGUCUCCAAACACACUCUAACUGCUUGCCUAGCAGUAGUGAAACUGUAAAAGUUGCUCCUUUUAAACCUGUUGGUUAAAGGAAUAAAGCACAACUUUUACUUUGUGUCACACUUUUUCCCACUUUCACUGCUGCUCAGCGACUAGAUCUAAUGCCCGGAUAAACUAUAGGUGACUAGCAAUCUGCUAGCAACCAAAGCAAAGAGGUUUUUGGUGCAGCACCCUCUUUGAUACAACAAACAGCAGGGAAUACACAUUUUCCCAAGCGAUCUGUAGUUCCCAGAGGGUUACCAAUUGGUCUCUAGGCAUGUGUGGCUGACUUGCAGUGGUAUCUAGCUGAUUUCCUGCCAUGCCAAUCUAAAUAACGAGUAUGAUUCCACCUCCAUCAUUCAUUCAUAGGGUUCAUAAUUCACAUGUGGACAAAAUUCAAAUAGUUGGAUAGCAGCAGAAAUCUCAAGUGCACCGAUAUCAUACCACUGCUGGAUUUUACCAAAACUUGCUUGUGUUUUUUUUGUUUGUUUAGUUCCCCCCCUUUCUAUAAUUCCGGUGUAAUUACCCUCCAAUACAACUCUCUAUAGUUAGAUUGUUUUUGGUUAUUGUCCCAACCAUCCAGAAUUGUUAAAUAAAGGAUAAAAUCCAUUUGCCAUGAGUAAAACUGCCAAAGUGUUGAUUGAUUGACUGAGUCAUUGAAUUAUUGAUUGCUCGGUUGUUGUCAUGCAUAGAGUUUCCCUGUGUUGCUCUCUAAUGUCAGGCUGUUUGGACCUACAGCUGUCCCAGUGCAAGCUCUAAAAACCCCAGACAGUUAAUAAUGCAUGCCCCAAUUUAUGUGGCGCUUCACUGGGACGUGACUCCACCAGUAUGUCUGUAUUUGUGUGUUUGUGUGUGCGCGCGCCCUGUGCAUAUUUAUUUCUAGUCACUCACUUAGCUUGUUUAUGGGCUUGUGUCAAAAGUUGUGUGUGUCAGAAAAUUCCUCUGCCGUCUGAUGUCUUGUCUGUAGGGUCGUCCUGUGCUUAAUUUAGCAGAAAGUCAGCAUGUGUGCGUCUCUGUUUGUGCGUGCGUGUGUGCGCGCGCGUGCUUUAGAACUGACAGGACUCAUCGCUCUCUUAUUCAAAAAGCCCUCUUGUUAGAUAUACCACUGCUUGUAGCCUACAUACACACAGGCUUUGUAUUAUCUAAGUAAAUGAUGCAUGUCACACAUUUUGUAGACAAACGGAUACAAGCAUGUGCUCAGGCUUUUUCUUCCCUAGUUGAUGCAUAUUACAUGCACGCACACACAUACACUCACAGCAUAUUGCAGCUUUGUAGUAUAUAGGCAAAUGAUGCAUGCCAGGCAAACUUGUGCACAAACACAAGCACCAAAGCUUUAUAUUACCUGAUCAAAUGAUGCAUGUCGUACACACAGACGCACACACUACCUUUUGUAUUAUGUGAUCAAAUGAUGCGUGUAGCUGUGAAGCUUGUUACAUCCAUCCAGCAGUGCCCUAUAUUAUUUUGCAGCCAUCCAUACUGUGCGACAGUUCUUUUGAUGCUUUGUAAGCACAUUUCCUGCUUGUGUAUGUCAGUAACACUGCAUUGUUCUCCAAUGAAAUAUGGAUUCAACGACACCCUUUAUGUUUAGGAGAUCAUCACUUACUGUGAAAUAUUGAGGCGGGAGCCAUCCACAGAAGAUCAUUAUUCACUUCGCAUCAUUCACUUCAGUCGUUUCUAAUAAAAGCAGCGGUUUCUGAAUUCUUGUCUUACAGUUGCAGCUGUUGUCAAUUUGUCAUCCGUGCUGUGAUGUCCUCUUGGUUUGAAACGGAGAAACUUUGGACGCAAGACAAAUGCAAGGGAGGCUGAACAUUAACACACUUUUCGGUGUCGUCUCUCAUUUGUUUGUCAUCUCAGUUCAUUGAUCUAAAUGCAGUUUGGCCGGCAUAAGAAAAUGUUUUCAGGGGUACAUCAAACUAAGGUCUUCUAAUCCAAAAUAAAAUAUUUUAAGAGCUCUAAGAUUCUAUAUGAUCACACUUUAAGUCUUUGUUCUAGAGCUUGACAGUGUUUUACUGCAGGAAAAGUUACAAUUAAUAUGUAGACCGCAGGGGGAAGAAAGAAGAAAGACGUCUCUGCAUUUUCAACUGUACAAGUGGUAGCAUGUGGGAGGCCAGCAUACGCUCACUGUUUUCAUGCUGCUACACAGUAUGUCAUCCCUUUGCAGCCCAAAUUGUUGAGUCUGAUAGUGAGUAUAGGACCUUUUUUUCUAUCUGUGUAAUAAUUGAUACUCACUGUGUAUGUG